AUGGCCCGUCGUCCCGCGAGAUGUUACCGCUACUGCAAGAACAAGCCUUACCCCAAGUCCCGGUUCAACCGUGGUGUUCCCGACCCUAAGAUUCGUAUCUUCGAUCUUGGUCGUAAGAAGGCCAACGUGGAUGACUUCCCCAUGUGCAUCCACUUGGUUUCCAACGAGUACGAGCAGCUGUCCUCCGAGGCUCUCGAGGCCGCCCGUAUUUGCGCCAACAAGUACCUCGUCAAGAUCGCCGGUAAGGAAGGUUUCCACCUGCGCGUCCGUGUGCACCCCUUCCACGUCGUCCGUAUCAACAAGAUGUUGUCUUGCGCUGGUGCCGAUCGUCUGCAGACCGGUAUGCGUGGUGCCUUCGGUAAGCCCCAGGGUCUCGUCGCCCGUGUGAACAUUGGCCAGAUCAUUCUGUCCGUCCGCACCCGUGACGCCCACCGUGCUACCGCUCUCGAGGCCCUCCGCCGCUCUCAGUACAAGUUCCCCGGUCGCCAAAAGAUCAUUGUCUCCAAGAACUGGGGCUUCACCCCCGUCCGCCGCGAGGAGUACCUCCAGCUCCGCCAGGAGGGCAAGCUCCUCCAGGACGGUGCUUACGUCCAGUUCCUCCGUGGCCACGGUUCCGUCGAGAAGAACAUGAAGCGCUUCCCCGUUGCCUACGAGAACGUCGCAUAA